AUGUACGGAGAUUUGUCAUCGUUUUCAAUGACCAGUGCUGCCACCGAUGUUGCCACUUUCAUCUCCGAACAUACGAACGGUGAAAACACUACGGUGUACGGAGUGAGUUAUGAAACAGCUUUGGUGGAGCGACUCAUGCAUUUGGACACUCCGACGAUGACCGGAUAUGUUCUUGAUAGCAUUGCUACGACAUCGGGAGCGUCGGCGGCAUUUCCACAACUCAAGACCAGCAACUUUCCCUUUUGCAACCCUCCAGCAUCACUAUGCCCACAAGUGCUGACAUCUGUGCUUUCUUCUUCGAAGCGGGAGCCGACUAUCGCUACACGUGCAAGAUCUGUAACGGAGCUCGCAAGCAGGCCCUACUCCAACCUGCUUGGCACCAGACACCCCGGUUACUUUACUGAGAUGGCUACAUCUCGCCGUGCGGAGAACGGAACGAUGGAGUCCUUUGGCUUCGUCUCAGAGGCGGUGGACCAUUUGGAAACACCCGCGCUUUCAAGGCCAAUGAUGGAAAAACGAUUUAGAGCCGUGGAAGUCUCCGAUGGUGGGUUCUACGAAGUGGAUUACGGCGGAAUCUACAAAUUGAGUCCACUGUACUGUGCUUUUUCCAAAGAGCCCUCUCCCGUUUGCAACGAAAUCAAAUCGGAAAGGUACCCUUCAAAAGGUAUCAUAUAUGAGCGCGACGAAUACUGGAACAAAAGUGCGGUAAUUCCAAAACAAGCGAGUGUGUUGCUUCUAAGUGGCAAGUUGGACCCACAGACACCGCACAAGCAUGCCGAGUACCUAUUCGAAGUGCUGGAAGGUGACAACAAGGAGCUUACUACUUUUGACUACGCUACGCAUGGGAUCAUUGUAUCCACUCAACUUGUGGAGGAGGAUCCGUCAAGCGAGACUUGUGGAAUGAGGUUACUUGCAUCAUAUGUGAAAAAUGGCGGAGAUCUAGCCCGUCUUGACAAGACUUGUGUGGGUGAGAUGCCGAGAUUCAACUGGAAGAUUUCGACUGAUUAUAUGUACGGUAUCUUGGGCACUGACGAGCCGUACGACGAGUCCAAAAAGCGUGAGGCGAAACAGAAAACCGUAAAUACAUCAUUAAAUGAAGCCUCCAUGAACUGCUUCCCUGUCAAAUGGCGAUAG